ACUAUUCUUCCCAUCGCAGCAGAUCCGCCGAACCCUGCAGCAGCCAUGGCGCUGGUGAAGAGCGGUUGGCUUUGGCGGCAGAGCUCCAUCCUGCGCCGCUGGAAGAGGAACUGGUUUGUCCUCUAUCUGGACGGCAGCCUGGUUUACUACCACGACGAGACGCAGCGGGACAUGGACGGCCGGAUCCACAUCAAGUACAGCUGCCGGGACGUGCGGAUUGGCCGCGAGUGCAAAGACGUGCAGCCCCCCGAGGGGAGGAGCCGGGACUGCCUGCUGACCGUGGUGCUGCGGGACGGCUCCAAGACCACGCUGUGUGCCGAGAGCGAGGACGACGCCGUUGCUUGGAAGAUGGCUGUGCUGGAGGCUAAAUCCACCCCGGUGCACGUGUACGACCCCUACGACGACGACUACUACCAGACCGUGCCCCUGGACUCGCACCAGGCCGCCUACAUCAGCUCCGGCCACUACGGCCACCAGUACGGAGCUCCCGGGGUGACCCAUGUCAUCGUGCGUGAGGAUCCCUACCGCGUCUCCGGGGACCAGAUGGCGCUGGGGCUGCUGGCGGGGGCCGCCACCGGCGCCGCCCUGGGCUCCUUCAUGUGGAUGCCGUGCUGGUUUUAG